UUUUCAACUUUCAGUUAUUUUCACCAUCCAUUGAGCAAUAAUGAUAAGAUAAGCCACAAAAAAGAAAACCCACACUUUGCCUUUCUCUGGCUCCACAAUCGCCAUGGAAACUACACUUCUCUCUUUCCCAUCUUCAAAGACAUCACCUUGUCAAACCCUAACCCAAUUUCGCUCUUUCAGAAACCCAUUUCCUCUUUCAAAAUCGUUCAGAAAACCCACUUCUUACAAACCCAUUUCAAUCAACUCAGCAAUUUCGAGAACCAAGAAAGAAGAAACAGUAGAAACAGUGAAAACCCAGUUGGAAAAUUGCUAUCUCUUAGCAGCUAUUAAAUAUACGGGCUUUACAGUGAAACAAUUUCAAGAUUUGAGAAGAGCAUUGCCUGAAUCUACCAGACUCAUUGUUGCUAAGAACACUCUUGUUUUCAAAGCUAUUGAAGGUACUCCAUGGGAAGCUUUAAAGCCAUGUAUGAAAGGAAUGAAUGCUUGGCUUUUCGUUCAUAGCGAAGAAAUACCUGAGGCUCUUAAACCUUAUAGGACUUUUCAAAAAGAUAAGAAAUUGGAGAGUAAUGACUUUACUGGUGCUGUCUUUGAGGGCAAGUUUUAUGGGCCUGAUGAUUUUAAGCAACUUGAGACAAUGCCAUCAAGAGCUGAGAUUUAUGCUAAGAUCUUAGGUGCAUUGCAGAGUCCUUCAAUUGGGUUGGUUAGUACUUUACAGGCUCCUGCUAGAGAUGUGAUUAUGGUGCUCAAAGCUUAUGUGAAGAAACUGGAGGAUGAAAGUGGUGGUGGUGGUGGUGGGCAAUAGUAGAAUGAAUCUGCUUAAAACAUAGCCACCAGAAUGAUUGAUGACAUGCAUCUCAAUUCUCAGCCACUCUCUCAAACAAGUUCAUAAUUGUACCCACCAGUGUAGGCACAAAGGUGAAGCUUUUGGAACUGAGAAAAGAUUCGGUUAUGGUGUUGCUCGCCACCACUUUAUCAGGACUUGCAGAAAGCGGACAUGCAAAAGUACAUGCUUCCCAAUACAAACAAUAGAGGUCAAUGAUGCCUUGAAGAGAAGUAUUGAUUUGUCAACACCAUAGACUAUUCAUGCCAUUAUUAAAAUCAUAGAUUGCACAGCUAGCAGGACAAAUAUAAAACUGGGACACCAGUAUCAUAUUUUCUCA